ACUGUCUCUCCAUUUGCACACAGGGUACAUGUACAUGUAACUUGGAGCAAUAUCAAAACGGGACCAGCAUUUAGCGUUUUCAUUCCGUAAUCUUUCACUCAUCUUGAAGGAUUGCCGUCUUCCAUUCGAAUGACCUGUGUGGGAUUCAAGUAGUCCAUUGAAGGCGGUGACUACACGCUUGGUAUCAUUCUCAAAGCCCCCUAAAUGUACAGGGGUGUGGUAACAGUGCUCAUUAUUGCCAAUAAUAGUCCAAAGUGAAUGAUUUACGGGAUCGAAUCAGCCCCCACGUUGAACGUGGAUGUGAGCAGUGAUAUUGAUGAUGAUGGCUUCGACCUGGAUAGGCAUCUUCAUCCUGUCAGUGAUCUGCCGAACUUAUGCUUAUAACAACGGUGCUCCGGUGGAAUCAUGCCUGGACAUGUUACCAGUUCACGAGACAGCCCAAGGCGUAGCCUAUCAAGCCUCCCCAUCAGAAAACAACCCGUUUAAAGUGGAAUUACUUAACACAAGCAGGAGCGCAUACAGACCGGGAGAGAUAGUUCAAGUGACUUUGAGUGGGGACUUUGAUUUUCGCGGUCUGCUGAUCAAGGCGCAAAGAGUUGGCAGCAGUGAACCAAUUGGUCAGUGGGUUGGACCGUUCCCACCGGGAUUGAAAAUUCUUCAGUGUCGGACGGGAGAUGCCAUCACCAAUUCCAAUAACGAGCUUAAGACCUUACCAAUGACGCUGUCGUGGUAUGCCCCCAGCAUCACCACAGAACAAGUGGAAUUUGUGGCCACGAUGGUGUCGACGUUUGAUGUGUUUUGGGUCAACACGACUUCAUCAAGCAUUGUUGUGGACAGCACAGCUAAUGUUGGCAACACACUGUGCGACCCCAAUCCCUGUGUAAACGGCAGGUGCGAUGUCAUUGAAAAUCUCUUUACAUGUACCUGUAACGAAGGUUUCAUAGGACUCACCUGCCAACAAAAUGCAUCAGCUUGUGCUGCCCUGCCAUGUCAGAACAACGGAACUUGUCUCCAGGGAGAAACAGUGGAAGCCUACAUGUGUCAGUGUCCCCAGGGCUACACAGGAACGAGUUGUGAAACUCGCAUUACAUGUACUGAUAGUCCGUGCAUGAAUGGAGGGUCAUGUUACUCGUCAUUUUCAGGAAAUCCUUAUAUCUGUGUGUGUCCUGCCCCUUUCACGGGAGCCAACUGUGAAUCCUUGACCUCUUCGGUCCCUUGCAAUAUAAAUCCAUGUAUGAACGGAGGUACAUGCAACGCUAACUCAACAACUGCAGCAUACACUUGUACAUGCACCCAAGUGUAUUCCGGGACCCACUGUGAAUACAGAGCCCUUGGAUGCUCCGUUGAGCCCUGUCAGAAUGGCGGCCUGUGUUUCCAAGGCAACGUAUUGAGCCAGUACUCCUGCCAAUGUCCGUCUGGUUUCAUCGGCCCUAACUGUGAGCGAGCCGCUGGCGUGGGAUGCAACAGUGACCCUUGCUUGAACGGUGGAGUCUGUUUCCCUGGUAACACACCCGAAGCUUACGCCUGCCAGUGCCCUCCAACGCACACUGGUGCCCAGUGCACCAUAGCUGUGACAUGCACUGCAAAUCCAUGUCAGAAUGGUGGUACCUGCAUCAGUGGUAACCAACCAGAUUCCUUUAUCUGUCGGUGCACAAAUGCCUUCACCGGCUUCUAUUGUGAGCUGUCAAUCACCGCAUGCUCUCAGCAGCCCUGUCAGAAUGGCGCUACAUGCUACCAACAGUCGUUGAACCCCCAGGGCUACUUCUGCCGUUGCACCCCCGGCUGGCAAGGGAAAUUCUGUGACGAGCCCAUUAACGCCUGCGCGUCUGACCCUUGCUUGAAUGGAGCGUCAUGCAACAACUCUCAGACUUUUUACUCCUGUUCCUGUGCCACAGGUUUCACCGGACUCAACUGUGAACUCGAGAUUCGUGCUUGCGACAACAAUCCAUGCAUGAACGGCGGCACCUGCUCCCCCCAAGGUACCUCGUUCACCUGUGCCUGUGUCAACGGUUGGGAAGGCCCAACGUGCGCCCUCCCGACCAACAUGUGCAACCCCAAUCCCUGCCAGAACGGGGCGCAGUGCACCAACCUGCAGAUGUCCUACAUCUGCAAUUGCACAUCGGGAUUCAUGGGUACAAACUGCGAAUUCGUCAUUCCAGCCUGUGUGAGUGUGCCAUGCCUAAACGGAGGCCAGUGCUUUGACUCGAUUGACCGGCUUUCCUAUCGUUGUGUCUGCUUACCGGGCUGGACGGGGACAAACUGUGAGCAAGUGGCAUUCCCAUGCGAGAGCCAACCGUGCCUGAAUGGAGGGUCAUGCUAUGAAGGAUUUGAGACCAACGCUUAUGUGUGUCAGUGCCCAUCAGGAUGGACGGGCACCAACUGUGACCUGGAAACACUAAUUUGCCAAAGCCAGCCUUGCCAGAAUAAUGGGACGUGUUUUGAAAACUUCAACGGCGGAGGCUACAUUUGUGUUUGCGAAGCUGGAUGGGAGGGAACAGACUGCAGUAGUCCCAUCAACACCUGUGUAUGGAGCGGGCUGGACUGUGAAACAGCAACACUUCCCUGCACCAGUCAACCUUGCCAGAAUGGGGGGACAUGCUUCAAUUCCAACGACAACUCCAACUACACUUGCCAGUGUCCGGAUGGCUGGAUCGGGGCAAACUGCGACAUCUUUGAUGUUUGCACGACGGACGUAUGCCAGAAUGGUGCUACUUGCGUGAAUCAAGGGUCGUCCUUUGAAUGCCAGUGUGUGCUGGGAUGGGUCGGGCAGUUCUGCGAAACGCGUAAGUUCAAGAGACAAACGCACUCUCAAUGA